GGCUAGGCCCUCCAUCGAGAGAUCCAGUUGUUAAUAUUAUAAAACACAUUCGGCAUGACGGCUAGGCUGUUAAAUUCGAUCGGAAAGCUCGGCAUUGGUGUUGCUAUAGCUGGAGGAGUCUUAAAUAGUGCUUUGUAUAAUGUUGAUGGUGGACACAGAGCUGUCAUAUUUGACAGAUUUCAAGGUGUAAAACCUGAUGUGAGUGGGGAGGGUACUCAUUUUCUUAUUCCAUGGGUGCAAAAGCCAAUCAUAUUUGAUAUAAGAAGUCGACCAAGGAAUGUGCCAACAAUCACGGGUAGUAAAGAUCUCCAAAAUGUAAAUAUCACCCUAAGGAUUUUGUAUAGACCAGUUGCAUCACAGCUACCAAAAAUAUACAUGUCUCUUGGUGAAGAUUAUGAUGAGAGGGUUCUUCCAUCUAUUACCGCAGAAGUGUUGAAAGCUAUUGUUGCUCAGUUUGAUGCCAGCGAACUUAUAACUCAGAGAGAAUUGGUAUCUCAAAAAGUUCAAGAAGCACUGGUUGAAAGAGCACAUUCAUUUGGUCUAGUGCUUGAUGAUAUUUCGCUGACUCACUUGACUUUUGGAAAAGAAUUUACAGAGGCUGUUGAAAUGAAGCAAGUUGCUCAGCAAGAGGCUGAAAGAGCUAGAUUCUUGGUCGAGAAGGCUGAGCAACAGAAAAAAGCAUCAAUUAUUUCUGCUGAAGGAGAUGCCAAGGGUGCUUCAUUGCUGUCAUCUGCAUUUGAAGAGGCUGGCGAAGGCCUGGUUGAGCUGCGUAAACUUGAAGCUGCAGAGGAAAUAGCUGAUAGACUUUCAAAAUCAAGAAAUGUAGUUUACCUACCAGAAGGACAAGGCGUGUUACUAAAUAUGCCAGCUGCAUAACAGUGAAUUUUUGUUUAUGAUUUGUCGCUAAUGUGUGUUUGAAACUUUUAAGACCAGAUAAAUGAUAGCCUGCUUAUAUGUAUGUUGGGUAGAAUUAGAAGCAGCUCUGGGAAUUUAUGUAUUCCUUAUUUCUAGAAACCCCCUUAAGAGACAAAAUGGUUAUCUUAAAUGCAGCUUCAUUUUUGCAAAUAGUGUCAUAA